AUGGCUUCCUCGCAUACCGUUGAUGACAAGCCGGAUUCCUUCGCUGACAUCAAACAGGACUCUGCCAUCGCGGCUGCGAACAGCAAUGCAGCCUCACACAAGAAGGUCAAUGCCUGGCAACAGCCUGGGCCGGCUGCCUUUGAUUUCCGCAGCGAUGUGAUGACCACGCCCACAGCAGCUAUGCUCGAGGCCAUCGCAAACACCACGCUGCUGGACGAUGUGAUGCUCGAGGACCCCACGACCAAUGAUCUAGAGUCCUCUGUCGCCUCGCUAGCAGGCCAUGAGGCCGGACUGCUUGUGAUGUCUGGAACUAUGGGCAACCAGGUCGCUCUCCGCACCCACCUGGUCGCACCACCUCACUCCGUCCUGUGUGACAUCAGGGGACACAUCCACAAUUACGAGGCCGGCGGUGUCAGCUGCCUCUCAAGCGCCAUGCUCCUUUCUGUCAUCCCCAGCAAUGGUCAUCACUUGACCCUCGAAGACGUCCAGAAACACUGCAUCAUCUCAGACGAUGUCCACGCCUGUCCCACUCGAGUCAUCAGCUUAGAAAACACCCUCGAUGGCAUGAUCAUGCCCCUGUCCGAGAUCCGCCGAAUUGCCCAGUUUGCUCGCUCCCAUAAUAUCAGACUCCACUUGGACGGCGCGCGGAUUUGGGAAGCUGUCGCCGCCGACGCCGGCAGUCUCCCCGACUUCACACGCGAGUUCGACAGUGUGAGCAUGUGUUUCUCCAAAGGACUCGGCGCACCCAUCGGUUCCAUCAUCGUCGGCAGCAAGUCCUUCAUCGCACGCGCGCGAAGAAUUCGCAAGAUGCUUGGUGGCGGCACGCGCCAGGCGGGCGUGAUUUCGGCCGCCGCCCGCGUCGCCGUGCAGGAAAAUUUCGGGCACGGUCCCAACGGCGAGGGCGGCAAGUUGCGUGCCAGCCACGUCCGAGCGAGGAAGGUUGCAGAGAUGUGGACGGCCAAGGGUGGAAAAUUGGCCAACCCGACGGAAACCAAUAUGGUCUGGCUGGAUCUUGCAAAUGAAGGCUGUUCGGCGAAAGAAUUCGCGGAGCUGGCAAGCAAAGAGGGUCUAAAAGCCAGUGGUGGACGACUAGUUGUACAUUACCAGAUCACAGAAGAGGCAGUGGAGAGGCUGGGAAGCGUUAUGGACGCUGUCCUGCAAAGGAGAAAGUAG